AUGGUUCUGUCACUCCUAGUCAGCUUCGGCACGGCCGUCGGUGCCCAUGAGGGCAUCAAAGCCUCCAUGGCCAAGUCCCGAAAGGAGGAGCAUCGAAGUCGGAAGAACAACCUUAUUGUCCACUGCCCCAAGUCAUCCCAGUACAGCCCUUAUCUCGAGGGGCGGCGGGUGCUUUACAUUGACACUGGCACCGCUCACGAUGUCCCUUUCGGCCAUCCCUUUGAGGGAUACUACAUCCCUUAUCCCGACUCUCGGUACGCGGGGCUGGUGACCACCAUCACGCCUGAAGCACCAAUCAUGAACUGGGUGUUUAUGGACCCUCUCACUUACUCAUUCCAAUUUGGUGUUCGUGCUGUGGCAGAUGCCAACCUGACUGGGCCCUGGGAUUGCACCCGUCAAGAUCGCCGACUUACUUUCUGCGGCUGGGAAGGAUUUUGUGCCGUUCUUGAGGAUAGUGGCGUUUGGGGUCUAUACUAUGACUUCGACGGCGAUGGAAUGAGAAAGAAGUUUGGCCAAGAGGGUCGCGUGGUGAUUGAGAUUGAGCUCAUCAGAAGUGAACUCAGAACACCAAAGCCAGAACCUGAACCAGAGCCCCAGCCAGAGCAAGACGUGACUGCAACAGCUGAGCAGAAAGAUGAAUCGGCUCAACAAAAAGGAGAAAACUCGACAGAGCCAGAGAGUUUCAGUCCAGAGAGAGUCGAUGCUCCAUCAAAACCUGUCCAGGAAUUCGGGGUCACCUUGGAGGAGAAGAUGGAGAGGAUGUAUGUUGGAAAGGUGGAGGAUGAGGAGACUUACUCUGUAAUAUCUGAGCCAUUAUCGACAAUGUCUACGCUAUCGACAGCCAGCGGUGGCAUGCCAAAAAAGAGGAGGAAAAGGAGAAGCAGGGCAAAAAAGUACCAGAGCCCGAGCAUUGAGAAUUCGGAAGAAGAAAAGGGACAGCUGAGGUCUAAGGCCUAG